AUGUCUCUGUUCCAGCACGUCUACAGUAAUCAGUACUCAAAUCUGCCACUUACAGGUCUUGAUUUUAAUUUCGUGCAGUUCAAAAGCGUUGAACGCAUCCGUAACUAUGUCUGCGACAUCGAAAGACGAUUCUCUUUUCAAACAGAUUCUUUUGAGAACUUUCUCCCAUGGGAAUUUACAAGGUGCGGCAACAGCGUCAGCAACGGAGAAGCCGCAACUGCCUCAAUCGGCAUCAUCAGAUCAACCUUCAAAACAACAGCGUCAGCAACGGAGAAGCCGCAACUGCCUCAAUCGGCAUCAUCAGAUAACCUUCAAAACAAAUGUAAGUUGAAUUUGUAUAGUUUUCUGGUUUAUAGUCAUCCUAGAAAAGAAAAAAUGGCAAAAAUCGCGGCCCUAGACCUUCAUCGUAGAACCAAGCACCGAGAAAUUUGCUAA